CUUCGCUCUUUUACUUCAUCCCUUUUGUCCGAACAUAUACAUACAACACAUAACACCCCCCAACCCCACCCCACCCCUCUCUUUAAAUUAAUUACUCCAUUCACAAUCUCUCCCUCCUCCCCCAAUUUUUCAUUCUCAGGUACGUGGGGUGAUCUUCAGGGAACUUAAGAUGUCGAAUCAAGCCGCGAAAGUGAAGAGGAGUGCGAUUGCAGCAUGCAUGACAUGCCCUCUUUGCGAUAAGCUCCUUGAAGAUGCUACUACUAUUUCUCUUUGUCUGCAUACGUUUUGCAGGAAAUGCAUACAUAAAAAACUCUCAGAUGAGGAAUUAGACUGCUGCCCGAUAUGUGAAAUUGAUUUAGGUGUCUUGCCUUUGGAAAAGCUCAGGCCGGAUCACAAUCUGCAAGAUAUAAGAUCAAAGAUUUUUCCUAAUAAAAAAAGAAAGGUGGAUGCACCCGAAGCAGCUUCUUCACUUGCAUUACCUGCAUUACCUGCAAGAAGAAAGGAAAGGUCACUCUCAUCAUUGGCGGUCAGCACUCCCAGAGUUUCCUCACAGAUGACUGGGAGAAGAACAAGAGGCACUCCAAGGAAAACGUCACGUGCUUCUAGUGUUUCUGGUGAAAAAGAAGUAAACAGAGAAGAAGAUUCGGAGAGCUCUAGUUCGCGUGAGACUCUGUCGAAGUUUACUCAAAAUAUAAAGCAGAAUUCCACCACAGCUGAACCAUCUACCCAUCCUAUACCAGAUAAGGAUACACAAAAUGGGAUUGACGCAAAGGAUGGGGAAGAGAAGAUUGAUCUCUGGAAGCCUCUGAACUGCUUGGUAGAAGUUGCAAAUAGGAGCAAAUCCUUAAAGUUUACACUGCAAGGAUCUGCUUCCAGAUCAGAAGCUAACAGUACCCUGCCUAAAACUGAAGCAACUUCACGUAAAACCAAGCAGAGAUCAAAGGUUCGAGAUGAUGCCUGUGAUCUAGACUCUUCUGAAUCGUUGAUCCCAAAGAAGACACAAAAGAUGCGUCAGAAAAAGACCAGUUUUGAUGAAUCCGGUGUUUCUCCCCAAGCUGUGUUGGAUGCUACCAGCACCAGGUCUGAAAGAAUCAAGAGUGCCAUUUGGUGCUCACUUGUGGCUUCUGAAGACCAGGAAGGAUGUAAGGCCUUGCCCCAGAUAUCUGCAAGUUUCUUGAGAAUAAAGGAUGGAACGCUGCCCGUAUCUUUCCUUCAGAAGUAUCUUAUGAAAAAAUUAGAGCUUCCAAGCGAAGAUGAGGUUGAGAUCACAUGCAUGGGUCAGCCAGUGGUUUGUACCCUGCAACUGCAUAGCCUGGUUGACUUGUGGCUACAAACCGUAUCAACUGCGGAAAGAGUGUCUGUGACUGUUGGCUCUUCGGCAAAGGAAUUUGUGAUGGUAUUGAACUAUGCUCGCAAGGUUUCAUCUCAUCGCGAUGAGGUUUUACCUUCUUAAAGUAAUUUUAUAUACUUCACAUUUACAAUAAAAUCACAUUGUGGUCAGCAGUGAUCACAAAUAGACCAUGUAACAUCAGAAACAGAUAGCUGGCCUCUUCUGAUCAGAUAUAGUUAUAACAGUUAAACGGUAUAGUCUGUGGUGAAGUGUGUGCUGGUGACGGUUGAGAUACCAUAUUUGGUUUUUUAUUUUAUUGCAUGACCAAAGAGACA